GCCUGCAGCGCCAUCACAUACACAAAUAUCUUGUAACCGUCAUUUCAAAUUUGAUGUAAGUUGAAACGGCCAGUGAAAAAAGAAAACGUUGUAUUUUAAUACAAAGACGGUAUUUAUCUACAAUUGGCUUUCAAGAAGUGUUUUAAAGUUUCAUAACGAACAAAAAUUUAUAUUUAUAUAUAAUAUAUAAUAAUCCUUCACAUGGAUUCAUUCACAGAGAAUAUUUUGUCGCGAGCAAGGCAUCGCGCUAAUCUACUAGCCACCGAGAAUGAAAAUAAUAAAGAAAUUGAAACAGAAGUGCCACAAUCCAGGGUAUUAAGUGAGAAGAACGUUAUCCCUGAACUCAAGAUAGAGAAAUCCCCCACUGCUGAAAAAUGUAGGCGAAGUGUUCAGAGGAAUAGUCCUCAAAAAACUAAAACCCUCUGUUUCCAAAAGGAAAAUCUAAAUAUGGAAAUUAAAGUUACUUCUUCUGAUGAUGUUAGGGUAGAAGUAGAAUUUGAAGAUCCUUCAGAUACCGAAGAACAGAAAACUAAUGGUGCUGGUCUUCGAAAAGAUGUCAAAGACAGAUUGAAUAGACUUGGCAAACUUUAUGCAGGUGGUGAGGAUGCUGAGUUGUCAUCGCCAAUACACAGAACAGAAGAAAAAUUCAUGUCUGAAGAUAAAUCUGACGAAACGCCAGUGACAAAUAAACACGGGGGUAAACUUCUCAGGGGUUUGGCGAAUUUGGCAGAAGAGAUGAAUCGCUGGGAGGAUGAAAUUAAGACAUCUGCCAAGCCUGACAAAACAACGCUCAAGUGGGACAAGUCAGUUUUGGAUUCCUUGGAGUCUCAGGGAUUCCAAAGGAAAACUAAAGAUUCAAAAUUGGUGUACAAUUACACCAAGAACGUAAACAAGAACGAGGAAGAGAAAAAACCCCCUAAUAAACCCGCGGAGAACAAAAAGACCGACGCUGAAACUUCCGGGCGUUUCCAGAGAAACGCAGUUGCAAGAACCGCGGAGGAACCUAGGUCGCCCAGGAGAAUGCCGACCCAAGAUCCUUCCUGCCUAUCCAUUUCGGAGAGAAAAGCACUUUUCGAAAAAAAUCGCGGAGACGUUUUGUUACCCAAGGCACCCUUCGCCAUGUCCGUGCCUCUGAACGAUAAAAAGGGCAAUAACAAGGCGGCGAAUGCGAAUAAUAAAACGACCGUGAACAGUCCCGCGACCGGGUCGCCCAGAAAAAACGACGAUGGUAAAAAAUUGGUCACUUUCGAGAACGUCAAACUGAGGAAGGUGGGAUCGAACGACGAUCAAAAACCUAAACCCGAGGAUUCUUGGAAACCUUCCGUUAAAUCGGUCACGAAGAAGUUCGAUUCUUCAUCGUCUACAUCUGAAGGUGCCAAAGGACCGACGCAGGCCUUAACUUCGUCCAGGACCUUCGCGAAUCCGCCCAAGGUGGUUAAAACGGCCGAGAAGAACGGCUGCACGAAGAGCCCGCACGGAAGUCCGGCAAAAGCGACGGUUUCCAAGUCGAUGGGUAUCGCUAGUACCGUGGAAGCGCUGUUCAAGAACAAGAACACGAUAUCCGAGCAACAGAUCCAGAGUCAGGUCAAGGAGCAGAGGAUGAGGGAGAUGGAGGUGUUGAUGAACAGAUUCAAGCGUAAAGAGAUUCAAGAAGAGGUGAUAGAAGAAGAAGACGAAAGUGAUGAAGAAUACAGUUCCGAGGAGGAUCCCUUGUUACGCGAUGAAAAUGGUAAAAAUACGUAUUCCCAUUCACGUGUAAGCCAAGAUAGUGACGGUAACGAAGAUGUUGAAUCUCCCGCCGCGAAGAGAGCUAGUGCAGGGAAAUCUUGUGAUGUUUCUCCGAGCCCUAGAAGAAGUGGAGGCAAGCGUGCUUCGGUGAGUCCGAGAGUGGCUGCUGUCUUGGAGGAUGUUAAGAGGAUCAAGGUUUCCCCUGUCAAACCCGGCAGAAUCUACCCGAGCUUGUCGGAUAUAGAGGCGGCGAAAGAGACUGAAACUGAGGAUGGUUUCGAGGAUUCUUCUGCGGAAAAUAGCAGUAUUGCAAGUUAUUCUGGGACACUAGAAACGAGUUUCGGGAAAGAAAUAUUGGAAGCGGUCUGUAAAAAUCAGACCCCCGUCAAAAGGCCCAUCUACGAUGACAGCACGGCGAGCGACGUGUCCGACGUACUCGGGGACAUGGACGAAUAUUUGGACGAGGCUCUGGAGAACGAGGAGAGUAUGGGACCCACCCCGCCCAAACAGACGAAAUCCAAAGACAGUUCCUUCGCUUCUCAUUCUUUCAAUUACAAAGAUUGUUCCGCAAACAGUUUCAAAUCACCGAUGAAACAAAAACCUAUUUUCGAAAGACCCGAAGAGAAGCCGGUUAAAUUGGUAGACGGUGAUGAAGUGGUUCCUCUGACCUAUACUGUUAGUUUCUACAGAAGACAAACCAGUAAUACCUCGUCACCAUCAUCCACAAAAGUUGUAUCGAGGCAAGAAAAAGAUUCAGUUCCCGAGCCGGAUAAACAGCUGGACAUUCUGGCGAAGAUCAAAUUUUUACAGGCUGAGGUGCAAAAGUUGCAGCUGAUCAUUUCGCAGACGAGUCAGGCUCUGAAUCUCUGCAACAACACCUUAGAGUUCAUGGGAUCUACCGAACAAGUAGAAGCAGAAAAGGUUCUGCUGGUCUCUACUCAUCGCAGGCAGGCGAUAUUGAACGAAAUUCAAAGGCUCAAAGUUGAGGAGACGCUCAGGCCGCAACACCACAACGAGCAGGAGAUACCCAUCGAGAGGGGCGUUUUGACGAUUUCGAAGAUCAUAUUGCCCCUCAAAAAAGAUUACGUGAGGGCUCUCGCGGCUGCUGGCGGCAAAGGGCAUCAUGUAAUAUGCCUGGUGAAAUGCGGGGAAGAAGUGGUUUCCUCGAAACUCGUCUCGACCGUGGCGACGAACAUCAAGAAUCCCUGCUACGAAUUGACCAUCCCCGGUUCCAUCACGCUGAAAAACAUCUACAACGAUUCCACCGUCACCCUGGAGGUGUACUGUCUGCAGGCCCAGGAGGAACUCCUCCCGCACGAGGUCAAGUAUCACAUCAAGAAGAACAAGGCGACGCCGAAAAAGUCCAAGCACGAAUCGUUGUUGUCCAGGCCCAUCAAGGAAUCUCCCGGCGGUCCUCAGGCAGUGAGGUCUCCUUCCUUCGCGCUGAUGGGUUACGUCGUGUUCUCCGUGCAUAAGAUGAACAGGAAGUCGUGGAGUUUGAAUAACACACCCUCGAUGAGUCCCCUGGAAGGAUCCGUCGAAAUGGUAGUUUCUUGCGAAUUGACAGCAAGCGUCGAAUACCGCGGGUUCCUGACUAUGUUCGAAGACAUUUCCGGUUUCGGCGCUUGGCACAGAAGGUGGUGCCUUCUUAAGGGAGAUUCCUUGAGUUACUGGAAGUAUCCAGACGACGAGAAAAAAAUGCCCCCCAUAAAUUCAAUCGAUUUGAAAAGUUGCGUCACCAAAGAAGUCGGCCCAGUGAGCAGGGACAUCUGUGCUAGGCUUCACACGUUUUUGAUAGAAACUGAAAGAGAACCCCUUCCUCAAGACAAAGAAACACUGACCACAAUAUGUAAAAAGGACAAAACAAUAAUCAGGCACCUUCUGUCUGCAGACACAAAAGAAGAAAGAAUAAAAUGGUGCUCACAAUUCAAUACGAUACUAUUAGCGACAAAAAUAUGUGGAAAUAAUGCAUAAAUGAUAUGUUAUUAAUAUAUCAAAUAUAUACAGUAUGAUAUAAUGAUAAAUAUGUGUAUAGUUAAGAUAAUAUUAUACUUUAAGAUUUUAAACAUUUUAUAAUUAAAAAUUAAUUAUAUUUUUUAUGACAUGAUUUGAUACUUUUUUAUAUAUGAUGAAAUAAUAAUAAUAAAAAUUACCUUUUAUUCUGUACCAAUUCUUCACGGAAAUGAGGUAAUGAUUUUCCAUUAUCAAUAUUAUUAUCUGUUUAUAUUCAUUUUGUUACUGACUGCAUAAGAGAAUUAAAUAAAAAUAUUUAAUAUUCA